CAAAAAUGAUAAAUAAAUUAUUAUCUGUACAUUUCUAACAAGGAUGUUCAUUAAUCAUACUAUUAUAAUAGUGUAAUAAUUGAGAAUUAUCACAUUUUAAUUUCUUUACAUUGUCUACAUUAUUAAGGUGAAUCAUUUGAAAAUUUAAACUGAUUUAAUUAUGUUAAUUUUUAUAAAUGGUGGAUGCUUUCGCAACGUCGCAAUUUUUGCGCAUUCACCAAAAUUUCCGGAUAAUAUUCGCAUAAAAAUAAAAAUCUAGUAUAAAAAGUAGUAAUAAUCAUUUUAUUUAGUUUUAAGAAUUCAGCGAUGUCUUCCCCCACUUCAGUUGAUCGGCGACAAGCAGCGCAAAAGUACGCUCGUCGUUCAACGCUCAAACUCUAGCUUCACGUCUUUGACAGUUGUGCCGGUUGAAGUCUACAUAAAAUCCAAGAAAAAUAAUGGAAAACGGAGACAACGGGCAAUCUUCUUGUGUCCAACACAUAAAAAAGUUUCAUGCGUAUGCCAUGAGCUCAAGAAAUCGCGUACGUGAGGAAACGGAAAAGUUUAUAAAUGGCGGCCAACUUCCGGAAAAUUCAGAACCCAAAAAUCACUUGAAUUUGUUCCAUUGUUUCGCCAUUAAUCGUGAACGUCGACUUGUUUUUAGGGUACAGCGCGUUGAAAGUAAACCCAAAAAUAACCCGGCCACCGCAACCGUACCGGAGUUCACCAACAACGACGGCCCCAUGGCUAACAAGGAAUGCCCACCGGCACACGAUGACAAUGAAUGGAAUUUGGCUAGGUGUGAAGUAUUCCCAGCCCCCGAAAAACUAUACGAAAAAAUCAAAACCAUCGCCAAAAUAAACCACGAGGUGAAGUCCAUCAAGUACGUGAUGAAGAAGCACAAGGAAGGGCCGAUCAAAAACUUGGGUUUUUACUUGUACUACACGGAGGGGGUGUUCGAGUCGAUUGCCAAGGUUAUCUCGUCGGUUUACAAGCACAUUGAGGAGGACAAUUUGACUUGGGCACAGGCCGAGAGCACGGGCAACGCACUGGGACUGAUGAAGGUGGUCAUCAACACUAAAGAACUCAGAUCGCAGUACCUGGAAAACAGCCUCGUCUCGUGCAUUUUCGGCUUGCUCUUCAACAAAUCCAAGCACGGAUUGCAAGGAGUGCUCCACGAGGAGGCCCUCGGAAUAAUGGCAAUUUUGGUGCGCACUCCUGGUCUCCAGUACACCAAUUUCGUCAUCAACAGCAUGUUCCUGCCGGUGAUCAUGCACCUAAUUGAGUCCGAUGACGUUAAGAAAAUCCACAUUGGAGCCGCGUCGCUGAUGCGCUGCAUGAUGAGGAGCAUUGGCUUGAACUAUGUUUGCCAGAAGCCCAGCCGUUUGCUUUGGGUGAUCCAGGGUCUCAACAACGCGGUCGAAACCCUUAUCAACGAUCAGGAUCCGCAUGCUGUCGUUGCCGUGACAAUGUGCUACCAGAAUUUGGCCAUCAGCAAGAAGUCACGCCAGUUUAUGCCGAAAUUUAUUCAUCCGGCUAUUAUGGACGCCACCUUCAAUGACGCCAUAAUAAAGGGAGGAUCCACAAUCCACUUUCGCCCUUUCAUGCUUCAAAAUUUGGGGGUCGAAGUUUAACUUAAUUUAUUCAUUUCGUGGUAACAGUAAGUUAUUUGUCAUUUGACUAAUCCCAGUAGCAGGUAUUUGUGUCUGACUAAUAACAACUUGUUACCUAUUUGGGUACGCCCAUUAGUUUAAGUGCCUUCCCCACCUCUAUAGGGGUGGAAGCUGUAUAAUAUUUUAUUGUUGUGGCUUUCCGCCAUCACUUGUGUUUGUAUAGAUUUAAAGUUUAUCUCGUUCGUUAAAUAAAUAAAUAAUUUCUGUUUGAUUUUAUUUUUUAAAAGAACAUUGGUCAGAGAAAUAGCAUACUACUCUUUAUCGUUAAUUAGAAAAUUCACAUCUCCAAUUAAAUGUGAUCAAAAAUUUUAUAUUUUAUUUAAAAUAAUUA